ACCGGCAAAAGUUCGGUUUGCCAUUCGAAUGGAAGAUCGCUUGCGUGCGAGAAAUGCGAGAGCUUGCUCCGAACUUAUCACCGCUAGACAGCGAGCUCUCAAUGCCAACAGGUAUAUCAAUCGAUUUAUCCGGUCGACGCCGCCGUCGCCGCUUCGCUCAACUACGCAUGGCUGUUACAUCAGAAACGCCACGAAGCGUGCAGACGUAUAGCGCCCGUGUUUACGUUACGUCACUGUCCGUGUCCCAUUACCCAUAUAUAAAGCGCGACUAGCACAGUGGCCCACAGUAGCGGAAAUGUCAGCAGGGGUGUCUGUACGCGCCUGGAACUAAAUUAAUCGUGCGCACGUGGCAUCGAGAGAAGCCGGCGACUACACACACAACACACGCGCACGUUCUUCUUUGAGACCCGGCGAGAUGUGCGGAAUUUGGGCGCUAUUCGGGCUGGACAGGCAACCCCUGACCUGUAUCUGCGAAAACUUCGACAAGAUAUCGCAUCGCGGACCGGAAGCGUUUAAAAUAGAGUUUGAUAACCGAGUCAAGAAUGGAUACCUGGGAUUUCACAGGCUGACUAUCGUCGACGGCCUCUACGGAAUGCAGCCGAUGAGGCUGAACAAGUAUCCGCAUUUGUUCCUCUUGUGCAACGGAGAGAUAUAUAACUGCGAAAGAUUGCAAAAACAACACAACUUCGAGUAUGCUACUAAGUGUGAUGUCGAGGUGAUCACGCAUAUGUAUGCCUCCGCCGGCGCUAAGGGUGUCGCUCAAUCUUUGGACGGUGUAUUCGCAUUUUGUUUGAUGGAUGUCUCGAAGAGGAGGAUACUGAUAGCCAGGGAUCCGUACGGCGUAAGACCGUUGUUCAGAUUGUACUCGACCGACGGGAAACUGGCCAUCUCUUCAGAGAGCAAGGGCCUGAUGGCAAUAUCGAAACACAUAAAUGGUACAUAUUCGCUGGAGCCAUUCCCUCCAGGAUAUUACGAGGAAUAUGAAAUUUUGCACGACGGUCGGGCGAAGCUUUUGAAUAGUCGCAAAUAUUACAAACCCGGUGACAAACCUGCAUUCCACACUUAUAUCCCUUGCAAUGCUUUGACUCCGAAUGACGUUCAUGGCAACAUUCGAAAGCUGCUAUCGGCAGCCGUGGAGAAACGCUUGAUGGCCGACAGACGGAUAGGAUGUCUGUUAUCAGGUGGAUUAGAUUCCAGCUUGGUCGCUGCUUUAUUGAUGAAGCAAUCGAAAGAACACAAUCUACCGUACAAAAUACAGAGCUUUGCGAUAGGUAUGGGUGAUAGCCCGGAUAUCGUCGCUGCUAGACAGGUUGCGAAGUACAUCGGAACUGAGCAUCAUGAAAUUAUCUUUACGCAGCAAGAUGUAAUCAACGUAUUGGACAAAGUUAUAUAUACCUUAGAAACAUUCGACAUUACUACUAUUCGCGCUUCUAUUGGGAUGUAUCUAAUUUCGAGAUAUAUAAAGCAAAAUACCGAGACGACUGUGAUAUUUAGUGGAGAAGGUGCGGAUGAGCUGGCACAAGGCUACAUCUACUUCAGAGAAGCGCCUAACGCGACUGACGCACACAACGAAUCUCUCAGACUGUUGCAAGAUAUAUAUUUAUACGAUGGUUUAAGAGCAGAUAGAACAACCAGUGCUUUCAGUUUGGAGCUAAGAGUUCCAUUCUUAGAUAUUCAAUUCACCAACUAUUAUUUGUCGUUGGACCCUAGCAGUAGACAACCACAAGGUGGAAUUGAAAAGCAUUUAUUGAGAUCUGCGUUUGAUGGCACUGAUUUACUGCCCAACAAUAUACUAUGGAGACAUAAAGAAGCAUUUAGCGAUGGUGUCGCUUCCAUAAAGAAAUCUCUUUUCCAAAUAAUCCAAGAAAUCGUGGAAGAUCGUGUUUCAAAUGAGGAAUUGGAAAACGCUUAUAAUAAGUAUCCCCAUUGCACACCGAGAACGAAGGAGGCGUACUAUUACAGAAAUGUCUUCGAGUCGCAUUACAAGGGGCAGACACACUUUACACCUUACUUUUGGAUGCCACGCUGGGUGAAGGGUGUUACCGAUCCGUCCGCGCGGUUUAUUAAGCAUUACGCUGCAAAAGAUGAAUAAAGUUGGCUUACUAUUCGAACAAAAUAUGAAAUAAAAGUGUUAUGUACGUAUACUAUUAUCAUUAUUGUGGGAAAUUGAAAUCUCAAUAAAGAUUUUUUUAUUGAAUAUA